AUGAGGCCUCCGAGAGGUGAGCUUGAUCUCCAUCGUUCUCUCCCUUCAGCUCCUCUCUCUCUCUCUCUCUCUCUCUCUCUCUCUCUCUCUCUCUCUCUAUCUCUCUCUGUGGUAUUGUUUUUGGUCGGUUUGCGAUUGGUUUUUUGGUGUGACAUGGGAAUGAACCUUUCAGGAAGAGGUAGCUUCGGCAGCGGGGGGAGAGGUAGGGGAAGAGGAGGCGGCGGGGGUAGGGGUGGCAGCGAUGGUGGCGGACGCGGAUUCGGCCGUGGCGGCGGACGCGGGGGCGGUCGGGGCGGUGGACGCGGCGGCGGUAGGGGCAGAGGAGGCGGCCGUGGGGGGAUGAAGGGAGGGAGCAGGGUCGUGGUGGAGCCCCAUCGUCAUGAGGGUGUCUUUGUCGCCAAGGGUAAAGAGGACGCGCUCUGCACGAAGAACCUUGUGACCGGGGAGUCCGUCUACGGAGAGAAGCGCAUUGCGGUUCAGGUGAAUAGAUCCUCCUCAUUUUCUACAAUAUCCUCUUCAUCUUUCUUUCCUAUGAAUGUUUUCUCUUCUACUCUUCACUCUAUAUCUCAUGGCGACCUGUGAUUCACGCCUACGGCUACUUUCAGAAUGAGGAUGGUACCAAGACGGAGUACCGGGUAUGGAAUCCGUUCCGUUCGAAACUUGCGGCAGCUAUCCUGGGUGGUGUGGACAACAUAUGGAUUGUAUGUGUUCACGUCUCGUCCUCCUAUGCUAUUUUAGUUGCCUUUUCUGUCUUUCGCCAUCGUAAAUUCAUUAUCUGAGGCCUCAUCCUGUUGCAAAGUUAAGAGAGCUGUGCGUCUGAAUAGUUUUGACUGCUGACAUUAACCAAAUGUUUCUCCUGUGAGUAGGUCCCUGGAUCUCGGGUGCUGUACCUUGGAGCAGCUUCCGGAACUACGGUGUCCCACGUGUCCGACCUCGUUGGUCCUGUAUGUUUCUGUUGAAUCCCCAGUGGGAAGCUAACAUACCUUCCAAUUUUCUUUCCACGGGACGAUGAUAUAUAUUCUUCUUUGUCUCUCGCAGACUGGGGUUGUUUACGCAGUGGAGUUUUCCCACAGAAGUGGCAGAGACUUAGUGAACAUGGCAAAGAAACGGACUAAUGUUAUCCCCAUCAUUGAAGAUGCCAGGCAUCCUGCUAGGUACCGAAUGUUGGUUAGCAUGGUGGAUGUUAUCUUCUCUGAUGUUGCGCAGCCAGAUCAGGUAUACUAUUCCCUUCUUGAUACUAGUUUGGUGAUGCAAUAUGUCGCAUUUAGCUUUAUCGCAGCGCUACAUCUUUGUAUCUCCCCGACAAAUUUUCGGUUUUCAUCGGAUAUUGAGUUUAUUUUUAUGUCAAUUUUGACUGCUUUUACUAAACGAAUUACGGUAUUGUUGUUAUUUUCGUCGGUUUUGAACUCUCAUUGCCUUGCCUUUUUUUUCGUCAAUUUAAAUCGGCUGCUUAUGAGGGAUAACAUUAGUUCUAUUGCUACCUUCACUGAUCAUGAGAUGGUUAACGGCUAGACUCAUCCGAGUCUCUUCUGUUUGAUGAUCCUUGAGAGUUGUACGGUGUAUCAAGCAAGCUGGAUUGUGCCUGAUCGUCGUCUUUUAUUCCUCUUUACUCUCAUUUAUUGCCGAAUGGUUUCUGAUCUAACCAGCAAUUGACGAGUUCUUGGAUUUCCCAUCAAGACGUUGUCAUGGGUGAUCAAAUCCAAGAUUCUGAUGCAUUGGUUGUAUGUCAUGGGUGUAUUUCAUUUUUUUUCGAAAUUUUACCCAUAGUAGAGCAAGUGACGACUUCUUGGAUUCCUCCCCUUCACGACUGCAACUCCAAGAUUCGGAUGCGUUUUUCUGUAUUUUUCCGCUAGCUUUUUUUAUUUUUCCUCCAUCUAUCAGUCACUCCUGUUAUAGAGCAAGUGAUGACUUCUUGGAUUCCCCUUCAGUACACCAUUGUGGGCGAUGACACUCCAAGAUUCUGAUGCCCUUGUUUAUGUUUCUGCCUCUGAUAUCAACGUAGCUGUUUUUGUGGGCAAGCUUGUCGCAUGAUGUCUUGAUUUUAUUAAUGUCUAAUGCUCGUUCUACAAUCUUGAUUGUCUCCCCUGUUUUAUUCCGCUCUAACGUGAUCAUUACCUUGUUAAUGAUUUCCUGGGGUGUUUGAGGUCUGGAAUUUUUCCCUCGCAUUCCUAAUUAGCAUCUUCUCCUGAAUUCACGUUGUUUUCUGCUUUGUCUGGAAGUCAACCUUCCAACAUGUCAACUGGGCAUCUUUUUAGUCUUCUGAUUUCUUACCCUACACGUCGUGAUUUUUACCUUGUUCGUCUCUUCAUCAGCAACAAAGUCUCUUCUUCCUUGAAAUCAUUUGAUCUUGUCGUCUACAUGCCACUGAAGGUCACUCACUCACCUGUUGACUUCUUGGAUUCCCCUCCAGGACAUUUUUAUACGGGUGAUGUAAAUUCCAAAGCUCUGAAACUUUAUUCCGACUUGUUUUAAGCAGCGAUCUUGGGCAAUAUGGAAGUUCCAGAUAUAUUGUGCCCUAGCUGGUGUUUCCUCAAGGCAAUAAUUUAUUUUUUUCCGUUUAUUCUCCCCGCAUUCGAUUUGUGGAAUGAUUUCUUAUUCCGUGAUGCCGAUGCUAUUUUCCUAAGAACUUUAGGAAGCAGAUGACGCUCAAAAUUUAAUUAAUCAUACUUUUAUUUGAUGAUUUCCUACGAUGGCAGAUGAUGCACAAUCUUAUCCUACACUCCGAAAUUUAUUUAGUGUGGACAAAACUCCGCUUAUUGUCUGAUGCCUCCAAAAAAAUCCGUUUAUUUUUAAGAUUCCCUCUCAUUUGACGUUGACCUGUAUUUAUUAUUCGAUCUCCAACGUUGACCUGGAUUUAUUAUUCAACGUUGUCCAGAGUUCCGAUCAGAAGGGGUUAAUAUGCUGCGUUUUUCUUGUUUAUUUUGGCCAAUUCUGACCACAUUAAAAUGCAGCGGUGGUUCUUUGGUUUAUUAUUUGUCGGAAAAACGUUCAUUGGAAGCGUUGACCGAGGCUGUGAUCAUUCUCUCGAGAAAAGUCUUUUUUUGGUUGAGGGUUUGGGUUUUGCUUGUUGUUGGCUUGUGCAGGCCAGGAUCUUGGCUCUCAACGCCUCCUAUUUCCUGAAAAACGGCGGCCAUUUCGUUAUUUCCAUCAAGGUAAAUAAAAGGGGAAACAUGUACGCCAAGUAUAGGCCUACAUACAUGAUCGAGGUCAGGCGUUGACUUUUCGAUUGAAUUCCUGGCAGGCCAACUGCAUUGACUCGACAGUGCCGGCGGAGGCGGUCUUCGCUCAGGAGGUGAAGAAGCUGCAAGCUGACCAGUUCAAGCCUUCCGAGCAGGUCACCCUCGAGCCCUUCGAGCGGGACCACGCUUGCGUCGUAGGCGGCUACCGCGUGCCCAAGAAGCAGAAGGCGGCGCCGGCAUCCUAG